UAUAAGAAUAUUGUGAAUAAAAAUGGACUUAAAAACACCAUUAUUUGAUUUAUCAAAAUUUAAAAAUGUAUAUGAGCCAAGUGAAGACACUUUUUUAUUUUUGGAUACAUUAGAACAAGAAUUACAGUUAAUUUUGAGUAUUAAACCUGACUUUGUUGUUGAAGUUGGAUCAGGAAGUGGGGUUGUUAUUACAGCUCUUGCAAAUGCUUGCAAAAAUAUUUCGUUUUGCUUAGCCACAGAUAUUAAUUCAGAAGCUAACAGUGCAACAGCUUUUACUGCUAAACUGAAUAAUGUUACUAUAGAAAGUAUUAACAUGAAAUAUUUGUCUAAUUUUAAACCAAAUAUUUUUGAUGUGGUUCUUUUUAACCCUCCUUAUGUUGUUACCGAAUCCAAUGAAAUAAAAGGAACUGGUUUGAAUAGGUCUUGGGCAGGAGGCAAGAAUGGUAGGGAAGUCAUAGAUGAAUUUUUAAAGUUAUUGCCAAAUAUUUUAAGUUACAAGGGUGUUUGCUAUAUGGUUGUCAUUAAGGAGAAUAAAUUGGAAGAUAUUCAUAAUGUUGUUGUUGAUUUGGGUCUUUCUUGUUAUAUUGUUAAAGAGAGAAAGGUACCAGGUGAACAUUUGUUUGUUUUAAAAAUGUAUAGAAAGUAAUUCUUUAAUUUCACUUAUUUUAAUUGUUAAUGGUCUUGUAUCAAUUAAAUUUAGCAAUACUGAGUAAUCAUUUUUAUUGUAAACUAAUUUGUACAUUAUGCUUCAGUUACAAUGAUUAUUAAGUUACAUUCUUAAAUUAUUAAUUGUAUUAUAUAUCAUAUUUACUUGUUUGCAUUUAUUGAAUAUUAUUUUUACGUUUUCUUAAGGGUUGCAAUAAAUUAAUUUGUAUGAAAUGUUUAUUAAAUUGAAACAGAUACAUUAAGUAAUAAAAUUUACAAAUAUACAUUUUACAGAUAUCCAUUAACUUGUUUUUGUCUGAAAAUAAUUAUAUUUUCUAAUA